AUGACUCAGCUCGGGACUUUACCCGAUAAGAGUGGCCGUCCAUCCGGGCGUAGCCUUCUGCCUGACGUACCCGCCUUGCUAGUCGUUCAGCUAGCAGGGGUCUGUAACAUACUCCUGGGUUCCAUGGUCAUGCUUCUGCUCAGUGAAUAUUCUGCCACUGGUCUUGUGAGCUUGAUCCUGGGUCACUGUGUACUGAAGUGCUCCAACCUCGCGGUUAUUGAUCUUAUUCUGUUAUAG